UUCGUGCAGCGCUAUCUGGCUUGCCUGCUUUGUAAAUCGUGCCAGAACGUCUUGGAUUUAAGGUAACGAAAUUGUUAUCGGAGCCCUCGCAAGCUUGCUCUUUCUAUUCCUCUGCGCUGGGAAUUUUGGGGAUCUAGGGUUUGGGGACGGCGGUGGAGGUCAUCCCCGAUGGUGAUGCGAGGUGGGAGGCUGAUGGGUUUGUCCUCUCAGCUUCUGGGCAUGAGGUGCUUCAGCACGGAGAUAUUUGUGAGCAGAUUAUCAUUUUAUACGACAGAGGAAGAGCUCAAAGAUAUCUUUUCACCAUUUGGCAAUGUAAAGGAAGCCCGACUUAUGCGAGAUCGCCAAACUGGAAGGAUGAAAGGAUUUGGCUUUGUCAAAUAUUCAUCGCAAGCGGAGGCGGAGAAAGCUGUUAAGGCAAUGGAUGGAAGGAUACUACGCGGAAGAUUGAUUUUUGUGGAGAUGGCCAAGGGACCCAAAAGCGAAUUUUGUUCAUGAGCAAUCACAUUUGUUACUGAAGCUGGUGACUGGUGUGCUUCAACUUGUUUGUUCGUGUCUUAACCUGGAACAUAAGAAGAGUCUUCAGAUUAUGUCAUAUGCCUGAUCUCGCGAUUGCUGUUGUAAACAUGUAUGCGGAAGUUGAUGUUUUUAGCUUUUUAUUUCUC